GAUGAGCAUAAUUCAUUAAUAGCAUCAGUCCCGUGGGACCUUUCCUGCUUCUGUCUGUUCGUCGUCCCCUGCAUGAUUCUCGAUCGAAGAGGUUGCCGAAGAGUUCAGCAUCUGUGCAUUGUUUUCUUUUUGGUCUUUCUUCAGUUUCGCUUCGUUAGCAUUCCGAAUAUGUUCCAGUACCCGAAAGCAAGAAGGGACGAGUCGAGCGUGGAGGAUUACCAUGGAACAAAGGUUCCUGACCCCUAUGGCUGGAUGGAAGAUCCUGACGCUGAAGAGACCAAGGAAUUCGUAGAUGCUCAAAAUGCAGUCACGGAGCCCUUCUUGGACAAGUGUUCCGUCAGGAAGAAGCUGAAUGAGAGAAUAACAGAGAUGUGGGACUACCCAAAGUAUAGCUGUCCUUCCAAGAAAGGAGACCGCUAUUUCUACUACUAUAACACUGGCUUACAAAAUCAGAGUGUGUUUUACGUCCAAGAGUCCUUGGAAGCAGAAGCAAAAGUUUUUCUCGAUCCUAAUGCUUUGUCAGAAGAUGGGACCCUUUCUAUUAGAGGCACAGCCUUUUCAGAGAAUGGGGAAUAUUUUGCCUAUGGCCUAAGUAACAGUGGUUCUGAUUGGAUUACUAUAAAGUUCAAGGAGGUUGCCACUGGUAAAGAUCUUCCAGACACUCUGGAAAAGGUGAAGUUUUCCAGCAUGGCUUGGACUCAUGAUCAUAAAGGCAUGUUUUAUAAUAGGUACAAGGAGCAGGAAGGCAAGUCUGAUGGUACUGAGACAACCAGUAAUGUCAACCAGAAGUUAUACUACCACCGGUUGGGGACGUCACAGGUGGAGGAUGUGCUCUGUGCUGAGUUUCCAGAUCACCCAAAAUGGAUGAUAGGAGCUGAGGUAACGGACUGUGGGCGUUAUUUGGUGAUGAUGAUCAGUGAAGGCUGCCACCCAGUCAACAGGCUGUACUAUGUAGAUCUACAGGCACUUCCAGAUGGUAUUAAUGGUGUGCUUCCUUACAUAAAAUUGGUGGAUAACUUUGAUGCUGAAUACGAGUACAUCACAAAUGAAGGCACAGUGUUCACCUUUAAAACAAACCUCAAUGCUCCCAAGUACAAGUUGAUCAACAUAGACCUUAGCAAGCCUGAGAUGGACAACUGGCAGAUACUGGUGGCAGAGGAUGCCAAAGACGUCCUAGACUGGGCCGCAUGUGUCAACAAGAAUAAAUUAGUCCUCUGCUACAUGCAGGAUGUCAAGAAUGUACUGUAUCUCAAUGAUCUUCAGUCUGGGAAGAUGGUGACACAACUUCCUCUGGAGGUUGGCACAAUUGUUGGAUACUCCGGAAAGAAAAAGGACUCCGAAAUUUUCUAUCAGUUUAUGUCAUUUUUGACCCCAGGGAUAAUAUACAGGUGUGACCUUACCCAGGAACCCCUGAAACCAACUGUGUUCAGGGAAAUACUAGUUAAGGACUAUAACCCUGCCCUUUUCGAGACCAAACAAGUGUUUUACCCUACAAAAGAUGGGACCAAAAUCCCCAUGUUUAUUGUCCACAGAAAGGGGCUUAAGCUUGAUGGCUCCCACCCUGUGUUACUCUAUGGUUAUGGAGGGUUCAGUAUUGCCAUCACUCCUACCUUUAGUGUGUCCAGAAUUGUAUUUAUGCAACAUCUUGGGGGAGUUGUAGCAGUACCAAAUAUUCGUGGCGGAGGAGAAUAUGGUGAGGAUUGGCACAAUGCUGGGAUUAAAGAAAAGAAACAAAAUGUUUUUGAUGACUUCCAAGCUGCUGCAGAAUAUCUUGUUAAAGAAAAAUAUACAAACCACAAAAGAAUCACCAUCAAUGGAGGGUCUAAUGGCGGACUGCUGGUGGGAGCUUGUGUCAACCAGAAACCAGAACUUUUUGGAUGUGCAAUCGCCCAAGUGGGUGUAAUGGACAUGUUAAAGUUCCAUAAGUUUACUAUUGGACAUGCCUGGACCACUGAUUAUGGCUGCAGUGAUGAAAAGGAAGGUUUUGACUACCUCUACAGAUACUCCCCAGUCCACAAUGUCCAAGAGCCAAACAAUGGCGUCCAGUUUCCAGCCAUGUUGUUACUGACCGGUGAUCACGACGACAGAGUGGUGCCUCUACACUCUCUUAAAUACAUUGCUGAAGUGCAACAUAAACUGGGGAAUUUGCCUCAACAGACAAACCCCCUGAUGAUCCGGGUUGAUACCAAGUCUGGGCAUGGGGCGGGAAAACCCACUGCUAAAGUGGUAAGUGUGGGAUUUUUAUAAGUAUUGAAGAGCUAACUGACAUCUACAGUUUCAUAGUGCUCAACCUUGGACUGGAGUGGAGAGACUGAAGUUCUUGAACAGCUCUAUAGAGGGCACCACUUCACAAGCAGUUCCUCUGAGAAAAAAAUCACGAGGAAGUUGCUGCUUUAAUUGAUAGAUUUAAAAAACUGUGAUAGAUGUGAGAAAAAACGUUUUGUCUUUUAUUGUAUCUUGAGUCUCCUUAAAAUGAUUAUUUCAAGAUAAAACUGAAUUUAAGGUUUUGUUACAAACUGAUUUUUAUAUCCCCCCGAUAUGUUACCCAUCUUUUUGUUAGAAUCUAACCUCCUUGUAGAUUGCCCAUUUAAUUUUUUUUUUUUUUUUUUGAGGAAUUAAAUUUUUUCUUUCAGAUAUUAAAACAUGACCACUUAUUUGUAGAACUGCAAUUCAGUCUUUUUGUUUCCAAUAUUGCAACAGUAGAGAAAAGUAGAGAUAGGGCAAAUGACUACAAACAUUUUUGUUCAGUAAUGAAAUAGCAUGAUUGCACCUCUUAAUCAGAAAAAAAAGAUGUUUAUUUUAUAUGUUAAAAUGUAACAAUAAAUACAAAUAUCUUUUUUAUUCAA